AUGCGUGCUGCCGGGGUUGUUCCGGUCGUCCCGGGGUGGACGCUCUCCCUCGCCUCGCUGGGCCUGGCCCUGGCCGUGCUGGGCUGCGCGGCGCUGUCGGCCGCGCAGCACCCUCUCGGCCCCUGCUACCGCGAGUGCACCAACGCCACGCCCAGCCGGGUCUGCGCGUUCUCCUUCGUCGAGGAGAUGUACAACGCGGUGAACCAGGCGUGCGGCAACUGCUCGUCGGGCGACGCGGCCGACUGCUCCAGGCGCGGCUGCAUCCCCGUGGACGGCGUGGAGCGCACCGUGUACAGCAUCAACCGCAUGGUGCCGGGGCCGGCCAUACACGUGUGCGCCGGCGACGUGCUGCAGGUGGACCUCCACGUGCACCUGCACGGCCACGCCGACACGAUGCACUGGCACGGCCUGCGCCAGCGCCGCACGCCCUUCAUGGACGGCGUCACCAUGGUGACCCAGUGCCCCGUCAUGGCCGGCCAGUCGUUCAGGUACAAGUUCGAGGUGGACGCGCCGGGCACCUACUUCUACCACUCGCACAACGGCCUCCACAAGGUGAACGGCGUCGUGGGCGCGCUGGUGGCGAGGGCGCCGCCGGAGGCCAACCCCCUGGCGCACCUGUACGACCUGGACCUGGCCGAGCACACCGUCGUGCUCAUGGACUGGCUGCACGUGGACGCCGAGUUCGUGUUCCCGGGGCUGCACGCCCUGCACGGCCAGCGCGCCUCCAGCAUCCUCAUCAACGGGAAGGGCGACUUCCAGUUCCCGGACGGCUCCCGGACGCGCACCCCGCUGGCCGAGUUCCGCGUGCGGCGCGGCCUGCGCUACCGCUUCCGCCUCAUCAACAGCGGCGGACUCAGCUGCCCGCUCGUGUUCCGCGUGCUGCGCCACAAGCUGGUCGUCAUCGCCAGCGACGCCGCCGACGUGCAGCCCCUGGAGGUGGACACCCUGUACAUAUUCUCCGGCGAACGCUACGACGUGAUCCUGGAGGCCAGCCAGGACGGCGACGCGUUCUGGAUACACUGCUUCACUGGCGGGUCCUGCCCUCAUGAGACCCAAGUCGAGCAGGUCGCCAUCCUGCGCUACGAGGACGGCGAGGACGAGGACGAGGCCCUGCCCGCGGACCCGCGGCCCUCCAUCCAGCAGCUGCCGCCGGAAGGGGUGGUGCUCAACUCGCCGUACUGCGGCGACAGCCCCCGCCAGCUGUGCGUCACGGACCUGCAGUCCGUGCCCGCGAUGGAGGACCCGCUGCUGCACGGCCUGGCCGAGCCCGAGCACACCGAAGUGCAGGAGGUGCAGUUCUACCCGUACACCGACGAGGAGCUCUACGACAACGACCAGUUCCUGCCCUUUCUGUACUUCGACAUGAACAUCGCCGGCGCCAUGAACAACGUGUCCUACAUGACGGCCGCCUCGCCGCUCCUCACGCAGCCCGGCGAGUCGCCGACGUGCCGCGGAUGCGCCGACCGCGCCGACGGCCGCCCCCCGUGCGUGUGCACGCAGGUGGUGCCGCUGCCGCUGGGGAAGCGCUGCGAGGUCAUCCUCGUCGACGUGACGAACGUGACGCCGUCCCGGCUGCCGGUGGACGGCAUGCUGUCCCACCCGAUGCACCUGCACGGCUACUCGUUCCGCGUGCUGGCCGUGGGCAGUCUGACCAACAUCACGCGGGGCGCGGACCGGCGCCGCUUCGUGGUGGACAACGCGGCGCUGCUCCGCGCGCAGGCGGCCACGCCCAGCCCGCCCGCCAAGGACACCGUCAUGCUGCCCAGGGCGGGCUACGCCAUCAUCCGCUUCGAGGCGGACAACCCGGGGGUGUGGUUCUUCCACUGCCAUUUCCAGUACCACAUGGCCGUGGGCAUGGAGAUGGUCUUCCAGGUGGGCAACGCGACGGACUUCGUGAAGGCCCCGGCGGACUUCCCUCGCUGUGGGAACUACCUGCCCGAUUAGUCGGGCGGCCUACGGGGCCAUGAGGAAGCGGGGGAUUGCACCUGCCGUUACCCCGCCCCGAGUAGCUCUAGAUCUGUGAUAAUACUCUUAGACAAUUAAAAGCACCUUGAAAGUGCUUGCGCAGCACGUUGCCCCUUU